AUGCCAAUUGCAAUGGCUUCUUCAUCUCAGCUCAUCAAGACUUAUGAUGUCUUUGUGAGCUUCCGUGGUGAAGACACGCGCAACAACUUUAAUGGUUUUCUCUUUCAAGCUCUUUGCAGAAAAGGCAUCCAUGCCUUCAAAGAUGAUGAUGAUCUCAAGAAAGGCGAAUCCAUUGUAAAACAUAAU